GGACUGUCUGGGAACCAUCCUGAUGGAGCUGGUGGGGACCAGGAACCUGCAGCAGGUCAUCGACGGACCGGAGCCGCUGGACACCUGGCCCAGGGUUUCAAGUCCAGGUCCAGACGUGUCUUUGUCCCCCCACCUCCUCAUGGACGUCUCACGAUGACCUUAUGGGUCUCUGCAAGUCUUUCGGGAUCUGCAAAAAAGAGGUGGGGGCGAACUUUGAGAUGGAGGUGAUGACCAAUCUCAGAGAGGUGAAGGCGUUCAGCAGCAGCCAGCCGAGCCUCUUGCAGCAGAUGGAGACCUUCUUCCUGGUUAUGUAACGAGAUGCGCCAGAGGCACAUUCAUCACAGCAGAGGGAGGUUCCCACCAGGCAACUCCACAGUGCAAUCACUCCCCUCGCCCUAGUGCUACAGUUAUGUAACGAGAUGCGCCAGAGGCACAUUCAUCACAGCAGAGGGAGGUUCCCACCAGGCAACUCCACAGUGCAAUCACUCCCCUCGCCCUAGUGCUACAGGCGUGGACAGGAGCACUGAUUGACAUAAAAACAGACAGGCAGAGAUGGGGAGGCAGAGCGGCUUCCUCUCUCAAGACACCAGCGGGAACAUCUCUUCAACAGCUGCAAGAUCAUCAUCAUCAUCUUCACCAGAGCUGCAGAAGAAUCAAAAGGUUCACCUUCAUCGGCAACACAGCUCUUCGUCGGCUGAUCCGCCCCCUCCAACAUGCUCCUUCCCCUGUUCUACCUGAGCUCGCUCGUGGCCCUGAGUGCUUCUGACACUUUUUCUCUGCCACAUGAGUACGACAUCAGCUCAUGUCCCAUCUUCUUCUACGACACUCUCUACGUGAACGCGGAUGAUGCUGACUUGAAUAUCUGUUUGAACCACUACUACAACUACGACGAAUCCCGAAACGGCAACGACUGUAUUUAUGCUCCAACAAUCGAUGGAAAUGUUAAUUUUGCUAUUGAGACCGAAGUAGGGGACACAAUAUCCACUAUGGAAGGAGAAAUGAAGUGCUCUGUGCAAAUGAGUUAUGUGUCUGAAUUUGGUGAUUCGAUAACUGUGUCUCUUGUGCAAUACGGGACCCGAACAGUUCUGGGAAUUCAAACCACUGCCACCGGCUGGUUUCCUAAUUAUACAUUGUAUGUUUAUAUCGACGACGAAAAAUUGACUGCAGAAAUCGGGGAUGAAGAAAAAAUCAACUUCAUAAACGCCAGUAGAUGCAGAACCGAAGCAGGUCUUGAUAUGAGCCCUGGUGGAGAGGACGUGUACGAUGAAGGAACCUGUGUAACUUACUCUUGCAGUAAUGACAGGGUCUUAUCAAUUGAAGGUUGUCCUGAAAAUCACCAUUGUGAUGGUCUUGGCACUUGCAUCCCAAACAACAACAUCUGCACUUUGACCGGACCCACUGUGAUCAACGUCCACGGCGUCCUCAGCGCUGUGGAGGAUCGCUGCACGUACACUCUGAUGUCAGAUAAUGACCUCUUCUCAGAUUUUAAAGUUCUGGCCAGCUACAAGGACCGACGUCGCGCAGAUGUGAGCUUUGUCGACAGUGUGACACUGAAAAACACUGGUGUUGAGGUUCUCCUGGAACAAAGUGGGAGAGUCAAGGUGGGCGGUUCAGUGGUGGAGCUCACCAGCUCAUUCACGAACCAUGAUGGUGUUAAACUCUCCAAGACCCAAGCUGGAGUCAUUGCCAAGCUGCAACUGAACGAUUCGGUAGAAGUGACUGUGUUCUUUGAUGGAAACACUGCGCAGCUGAAAACUACAUCAGAAUUCGGUUAUUAUCCACAAAGUGGUUUGUGUGGCGACGACGACAAAACAUCUUCAAGCAACCAGACCGAGUCCAGCAGCUGUCAGACUCUGCCCCCAGAAACCAGUGACCUGACAGUCGACUGUGACGCGAUGAAGGAACGCUGCAACAUCCUGAUGAAGGAACCCUUCUCCUCCUGUCACGCCGACAUCACCCCAGACCCCUACAUAACUGCCUGCAAGGACACCAUGUGUAAAUAUCCUGAUGAGGACGGCCUCAGGUGUCAGUUCCUGGAGGCCUACGCCAGAGCCUGCAGCCUGAUGAACAUUGAACUGGGGGAAUGGAGGUCCAACGAGCAGUGCUCUCUGCCUCAGAUCUUUUGUGAAGAGAGUCCCUGCAGUGAAAAUGAGUUCUGUGGACUGGUAUCCCCCCUGGAUACUCCCACCUGCCUCUGUAGAGCCAUUUUUGCCUCCAGUUACAGAAGUUCAGGCGCUCUGGGUGAUCCGACGGUCUGCACAGGUGACUCUGCUUCAAUCACUCUGGUGGGUUGCCUCCUGGAGGAGAAAGGUCUCGACUACUCUGCCUUGCACCUCAACGACGCGACGUGCAAGGGUGUCAUGGACGAGGAGAGCCACAUGGUGACAUUCAGCUUUGACAACGACAACUGCGGGACGGAGGUGGCGGAAGACGACGGCCAAGUGGUGUACAAGAACACCAUCAAAACCCAGGCCAGCCCCUCCUCCGAUGUCAUCACUCGCCACAGCCAGUUGAAGAUGGACGUCUCCUGCGUCCACAUUGAACCAGAAAUCAGGACUAUGGGCUUCAGAAUCAAGGACAGCUCCGUCUCCCAGGAGGUCACAUCUGAGGUGGCUUCUAGUUUCACGGUGACGAUGAACGCCUACACGGACGCCGAACGCACACAAGCCGUGGACUCCAACACCCAGGUGCUGCUGGACCAGAAGAUCUGGGUGGAGCUGACGAGCGACGGGCUGGAUGCAGACUUGGUCGCCAUGGUGAUCAACUCCUGCUGGGCCACCGGCCAGGAAGAGUCCAAUAGCAGCCCGAAAUACGACCUGAUCCAGGACGGCUGUGCAAACAACGCCGACCCGACGGUGCAGGUGGAGGGAAACGGAGAAGGAACCUCCAGCUAUUUCUCUUUCAGCUUGUUUGAGUUCAAGGACAGCUCUGGUGAGCUCUACCUGCACUGCAAACUCCACCUGUGCGUCAAAGACAACAACAACACCUGCGUGCCGGAUUGUUCUGGGGGAGGCGCUAGAAAGCGCAGAUCUGCCUUGUCCAAAUACGGCAGGUCAACUCGCAGAGCUGAGUCUCCCGCCUUCAUCAGCAUGGCAUGGACUAAAUAGGUGGUUACCACGGUGAUACGGACUGACUGACAGGCUGCCGACCUCCAUCUGGAUCCCCGACUUGUGUCUGGUCCUGAUCCUGAUCACGGACGUGUGAAAGGAAGAGCUCAGAUCCUGCUGCUGCCAUGACGUUUUGUUAACUCGUAAAUCAACAAAAAGCAGCAACGAAAGACACAGGAUUAUGAGAACAGGACCAAACUGUCAUCAGACAUAUGUUACAGACCGUCUUUUAUCUCUUUUAGUCAUAAUUGGUGAAGGGAAGUGUGUGUGCUACAUUUGAUUUAAACCAAAUCUACAUUCUAACAUCCAGGUAGAAUCAGAUAUUAAUCAGAUAUGAGAUUGAUUAUCAUGUCCUAUUAAUCAAUACCUUCAUGUUAAUCAGCUUUUAGAAAGGUGGUGUUCAGGGUGAAACUAUUAAAAUGGGUAGUAAUACAAGUUCUUCUUACUUUUAGGACACUUUACGGUAAACACAGACAAGUUCAUUAUAGUCUAAUUAAAUACAGAUCAAUUCAGUCCAACAGACUGAACAACAAACUGUAGGACUGAGUGUUCUGAUGUCCUGAGACUUUUAGACCGGAAAUAUUUAGUGGGGUGUCGUCUGCAUUAAAAUGACAUUUAUCAUUUAUUACAUACAUUUUCUGCUCCGCAAUACUUUAAUCUGCAGCCGUGCAGCAAUCAUUGAAUGAUUCAUCUGGAACACAAGUUCAGUCCUUCUUCUAAGAAAGGUUCUCAGAGAAACUUCUUUUUUAGCAGUAGUUUCCCUUUUCUGGUGUUUUGAAACAGGAGCGUCUGUUACAGUUCAGUUGAAGCUGAAUCAUGUAACUGUUUCUUCACGCUUUUCCUUUUCUUUAUCAUUUUUACUGUUUGUUCAGCAUCCAAAGACCAAAAAAGAAAUAAAAAGG